CUGGCCAGUGAAGACGGGGUAGAAGUAGCCAGCGGUGUCAUGGUUGACCAGAAGAUAAUCCUGGAAAAGAUUUUUAGGUGCAGCCUGACCAAAGCCUUCCAGAGUGUCCCUCACCAAAUAGACUUCAGCCAACCAGAGAUGGCCCGGCAGGUGAUCAACUCCUGGACAUCUGACCACACUGGUGGAAUGAUUACUGACUUCCUCCCCUCUGGGGUGUUGAGUGAACUGACACGCUUGGUCCUGUUGAAUGCCCUCCACUUCCAUGGGGUCUGGAAGACACCGUUUGACCCUAAACUUACUAGGGAACAGCUAUUCCACAGAGUCAACGGCAGUGCUGUAUCUGUUCCUAUGAUGACUAUGACUUCAAAAUUCAACUGUGGUGAGUUUGUGACUGAAGACGGUGUGGACUACGAUGUCAUUGAGGUGCCUUAUGAGGGGGAGUCACUAAGUAUGCUUCUGGUGAUACCAUUUGAGAGGGAUGUGCCUCUUUUGGCCUUGAACAAAGAGCUGAGAAGCAGCAGGAUUCACCAAUGGAGAAAACAGAUGAGAAAGAUUAACAAACAACUUGCUAUUCCAAGGUUCUCCAUGGAUACAGAAAUUGAUCUGAAGUCCACACUGAGCAAGAUGGGUCUUGGAGACAUUUUCAGCCAGAGCAAAGCUGAUUUCUCUCGCAUUACCACUGAGGAACCUUUAUGUGUAUCCAAGGUCCUUCAGAGAGUAAAACUUGAGGUGAAUGAAGAAGGAACCAAAGGCUCAUCUGCCACAGCGGCUGUCAUCUACUCUCGCAUGGCUGUUGAGGAGAUCAAACUAGAUAGACCCUUCUAUUUCCUUAUUCAGCACAAACCCACUGGUGCGUUGUUGUUUAGCGGUCAAGUGAACCAGCCUCAGGAAUCCUAACAGACCGAGGUUGUACCUGAAGUAACCAUACAAACAGAAGGACCAAAGAAACUGCCAACAAGUCUGCACACAACAUACUACUGAAGUCAAGAGAUGCUUAUAGUUCUGUUUUAAAAUGAAAGGGGUGGGGGUGCCGAACUUUAAUAAGAAACGUAUAAAUGUUUAUUCAGUAUGUGUCCUCUGCUAUGGGGGAGGAAAGAUCUAUACUAUAAAAAGAAAGCAUUACUGUUUGAAACAUAUGUCUGAAACAAUCAGGGACAUUUAAUGAACAAAUUUACAGCCUCUGCAGACAGGUUCUACAUGCACUAAUAAUUUGAAGAGUGAAUUAAUUUGUAUGCUUGUUUAAUAUGCUUAUCUUUUUU